AUGCCAACACCCAGAUUGUUGAUGGGAACCGCGGGUCACAUAGAUCUCCAGCUCCAGACCCAAAACCUUCAUACAUCCGCGUCUCUGCUUUUAAGAGUCGUUCAGACCGAACCGUCAAUCGGCUAUCUAGCCAUGAUUACCGCACCGAAUGCGCUGGGAAAUGGUCGCCAUCGCCGUCAAAUUUCCACCCCAGCAGCCCCAUACGAGGUCCCCACAUCAGCGAUCAUGCAUCAACGUCGGUCACAUCGUCGAGGCCAAACCAUGGACUACGGAUCUUUCAAUCCACAGGCCUCCGUCGACCGACAAUAUAUGCCCAAGACGGUUUCGCAGCUGCGAGAUUACUUUAACGAAAAAUCAGGCUUCCCUUGUCAACAAAGGGAUGUGCACCAGUAUCAAUCAUACGGCCAGCAACCCGAGCAGUCUUACUUCCCGUCAGAACUACCUGCACAGCAGUCUUAUCAGUACCAACCUCAAGCCUCGCUCGGGGCUGAAUGCCAGGCCUUCGACCAAGACCAACUACAGGCCAUCCAUGCAGCCAGCCCGGUGCCGUCAUCCAUCGGCGCCCCAGCCUUGUCCAGAUCCGCGAGCGAAAGCUCCGAGAACACACCACUGAAACUCGCUCUGCACCGUAUGCAGAGCGAGCAAACCUCGAGCCAACAGCAGCAGUUCACUGAUCAUGCCGAUUGGGAAUUGUUUUCCCGGCACGGUGAUCCAGUGGUCCAAGGCGAGCAGGUAACGGCCUAUGUCGAAUGCAUGCAUCCAGUUUCUGUUCAACCAAAGGCCCCUUCGGCCAAGAUUCUGUCCCAAAUGUCUUAUACUUACACAUCCCCAUUGACCCCCGAUUCCACCCCAUUAAAACGAUCCAUUGAUUAUUCUAUGUACAGCAAUGACCCAACACCUUGCAAGUCUCAGAGUUUCUCAUUUCCAUACACUCCUGCCACGUCCGAUAUGCAAAGAACCCAGUCCCUGCAAGAAGUUCCUUUUGUUAGUCCUUUACAUAUCAAGCAGCAAAUGCCCUCCCCUGCCAAUUCCCCAAUCAGUGCAUCGUUUGCCGAGGUCGCCGACAUCCCCACGCCUAGCCCAUAUGGAGUGACGCCUCAGAAGCCAGUUAUGUCCCUGCCAUCUUCUACCCGACAUGUGAAAGAGCGGGCCUCGUCCUCUGUGUCAACCCCUAUUGUUCCAGCAUCCCGCGAUGGUGAUCUCGACGCCCGAGUUAAGGCUUCGGUCCAAGAAACCGGCAUCUCCAACGACGAGAUUUCCAAGUUCAUUUCCGGUCCAGAUCCCAAGGACGGCAAGUGGGUGUGUCUCUUCACAGAUUGCCUAUGUCGAUUUGGUCGCAAAGAAAACAUCAAGUCCCACGUUCAAACACAUCUUGGAGACCGCCAAUUCAAGUGCGAUAUUUGCGAAAAACACUUUGUCCGCGGACAUGAUCUCAAGCGUCAUCUCAAGACACACAGCGGCAACAAGCCCUUCGCUUGUGCAUGUGGAGCUAGCUUUGCCAGGCAGGAUGCUUUGACUCGCCACCGUCAACGCGACAUGUGCGUGGGAGGCUUCACUGGCGUUGUCCCAAAGACUACUAAGCGGGGUCGUCCACCCAAGAAGAACAAGAACCGACCUGAGCUUGACGCCCGUCAAGCCAAAUCUACUCGUACUCGCCAACGUGUCGCUGAGAAAGCGACCUCGCUCGCUUCUGCCCCAACCCGUCCUACUCUCCAGGAUGCCCCUGUGUUCACUUCGCCCAAAUAUGGCCCAUCUAGCGCCCUCUCAUCGUUCACGCCUCCUGCUUCCCCCGGCGAAACAUACUAUGGCAUGUCCUCGCCCUCGAGCGAGUACCAAUCUUUCCCCUCCAAGACCGAAGAUGAUAUGCUGCCAUUGUCACCACCACAAAUGGCUCACGCUCGAUAUGAGCAGGCAAUGGCGCAAUAUGGGUCAAACUUUGGUUCCCAGACAUACUCGCAAGAAUCACUUUACAGCGAAUCUGCUCUCUCGCCUCGGGAGAUGUCUUCUCCUCACACGGCGCCUACUUUGGCAGAGUCAUCAGUUGGCUCGGAGAUCGAUAUCUUCAUGUCACAAGAUCACUCCGAGGACGUCCGGGAAGAGUUUGGUCACCUUGCCAACACUGGUGUGCCUGGAUACCCAAGCUAUCAAUUUGUGGAUACCAACGACUUCUCUGGCUCAGCAUUCUAUCCCGCCAAAGCUUUCUCUGGUCUCCCCAGUCUGGAGGAUGACCUGGAAGACCCAAUUGGAUGCUUGUCAAGCGAGUUCCUUGUCGAUCCUUGA